CUUCAUCCACAUCUCUUGGCAGUUGGAACACCUACCACCAGAGAGACUAAAACAAAGAAAGAAAAAGGAGAAUUCAUAUUCCAAUACAGUGGCUAGUUAAUAUCUAAAUAUACCCUUGUCCCCCUUAGGGAGAAGAACUUGAGGCUUGAGAAUCGUCAAUUUAAUCAAACCUCAAGAACCGGAGAGCUGAAGCAUAGGUUAAUCAAGAAGAACAGUGUGGGAAAAGAAUGGUGGUUCUAAAAGAAGGGAGUAGACCACCGUGGGUGGGUCUUGGAGCGGCGGUUUGGGUUCAAAUCGCCGCCGGGAACGCUUACACUUUCCCUCUCUACUCUCCUUCUCUGAAAUCAGUGCUGGGUUUCAGUCAGCAGCAGCUCACCAUUCUUGGAGUGGCCAAUGAUAUUGGGGAAAAUGUGGGGAUUCUUCCAGGGAUAGCCUGCAAUAAGUUCCCUCCCUGGGCUGUGCUUCUUGUUGGCGCUGCUUGUGCUUUUCUGGGCUAUGGCGUUCUUUGGCUUGUUGUUAGCCAGACUGUUCAAUCCUUGCCUUACUGGCUUUUAUGGGUUGCGCUGUGUAUUGCUACGAAUAGUAGUGCGUGGCUUGGCACCGCCGUGCUUGUUACCAACAUGAGGAACUUUCCUCUUAGUCGGGGCACAGUUGCCGGGAUACUCAAAGGCUAUAUAGGUAUCAGUGCUCAAGCUCUCACCGAGGUAUUCACUAUGGUUCUUGAUGAUUCAGCUUCCAAGUUACUGCUAUUCCUUACAUUGGGAAUUCCCGGUUUAUGUUUGGGGAUGAUGUAUUUUAUUCGGCGUUGUACGCCCGCUUCUGGAGAGGAUUCUUCAGAGUAUGGCCAUUUUCUUUUCACGCAAGCUGCAAGUGUCAUUCUUUCCAUAUAUCUUCUCACGACGACAAUUUUGAAUGUCACAAUUUCUAUUAGUAGCUCUAUCUGCUACGUAUUUGUUGGGGUUAUGGUUAUUUUCUUGAUGUCUCCUCUUGCGAUUCCAUUAAAAAUGACGUUAUUCCCGAGGAAGCGUAAGCCAGAAGCAGAAGGCGAUUCCAGCCAAACCGCUCCUUUAUUAGUACCAUCUGCUUCAUCAUCGAACCUCGGUAGCUUUCGUGAGGGUGAGGAGAUGUCGGACGUGGAAUUUCUGCUUGCUGUGGGUGAGGGUGCUGUGAAAUUGAAACGAAAACCCAGGCGAGGAGAAGAUUUCAAAUUUCGUGAAGCUGUUGUGAAGGCCGAUUUCUGGCUCCUUUGGUUUGCAUACUUCCUCGGGGUUGGUUCGGGAGUUACUGUCCUUAACAACUUAGCACAAAUCGGAGUUUCGCUAGGCGUGAACGAUACAACAAUACUGCUGAGCUUGUUUAGCUUUUGCAAUUUCUUGGGCCGUCUUGGCGCUGGUGUAGUUUCAGAGCUUUUUGUGAGGUCACGAACAAUUCCUCGAACAUUUUGGAUGAUAGUAACCCAAAUCAUCAUGAUCAUAACAUUCCUCCUAUACGCAUCGGCGCUGCCCGGGACUCUGUACCCUGCAACAGCGCUGCUAGGGGUCUGCUUCGGCGUUCAAUUUGGCAUAAUGAUCCCGACUACUUCUGAGCUCUUCGGGUUGAGAAACUUUGGGGUAAUAUUCAACUUCAUGCAGCUCGGGAACCCCAUAGGCGCCCUCGUGUUCUCGGGUUCGCUUGCUGGUUAUGUAUACGACGCAGAGGCGGCCAGGCAACGGGUGGUUCAGUGUAUGGGUCCAAACUGCUUUAGGCUCACUUUCUUGAUUUUAGCUGGAGUUUGUGGUUUGGGAACUCUGUUGAGUAUAAUUCUGACCAUCAGAAUCAGACCAGUAUAUCAGAUGCUAUAUGCAGGAGGUUCUUUUCGUGUACAACAGACUUCUGGCCAUUGAUAAACUGAGCAGUAAUGUAAUGGUGAUUCUAUGAUUAAGUUAAGCCUAUUUUGUAGUAGCAUAUGUUUUGUGUAAUUCCAAGAACAGUCUAAACAGUAUCUCCAUAAUUUAAUGUCUAGACACUACACAUUUUAUCC